GGCGGUGCGAGAUAUUUUGUCGUUGUGGCUGCGGUCACACUGGUCGUGUGCAUAAAAUAAAAGGCAGAGGGCAAUUUAAGUAACAAUAAUAGAAAUAAGCAGCCGACCGACCGAUAACUGAGUCCCAAAAUAAGGCGCACCUAGUAUAGACAAGCAGGCAAACAAGGCGGCUGUGCGGGCGGAGAUCCUUCUUACCUGAGCUGAGCUGAACGGAGCGGAGUGGAUUGGAGUGCGGAGCAGUGCAGAGCAGCUGAGCGUGACAAUGGGCGCCUGUGUGUGUCGCAUGAACCCCGACAACGAGACGAUGAGCGUCUCCUCGGCGAGCAUCUCGCGUCCGGCCAGUGCAGGCAUUGCCAUGGGUGCGGCGCGCAAGAAUCGACCGCUCUGCCACGAGACGAUCCGGUGGCGGUCCGACGUGCCACUGACCGAGGGUCAGCUGCGGUCCAAGCGGGACGAGUUUUGGGAUACGGCGCCGGCCUUCGACGGUCGCAAAGAGAUCUGGGAUGCGCUGCGGGCGGCCACCACCGCGGCCGAGGGUCUUGACUUUCAAAUGGCGCAGGCCAUCCUGGACGGGGCUAACGUGUCGGUUCCCAAUGGCUACCUUACAGAAUGCUACGAUGAGCUGGGAACCCAGUACAAAGUGCCCAUUUACUGUCUGUCAUAUCCCAUAAAUAUCGUAAAGGAGGAGAACGGGCGCGACUCGCCUGCCGAAUACUCUGAGCCCGUGGAUGGCGGCACCGAGAUCUUCUUGAAGCUGCGCAUAUCAUCGACCAUGACUGAUGUUAAACUACCCGUUUACUCCAAGGACACCGUGGGGCAGUGCAAGAAAAAGCUUCAGGCCGCCGAGGGUGUCGACGCCUGCUGCCAGCGUUGGUUUUACAGCGGCAAACUCCUGGGCGACAAGGUGCCAAUCGACGAGUGCAGCAUACACCAGGGAUAUGUGGUGCAGGUGAUUGUCAACACGGAGCACUACAACCACGACAACAGCACGAGUACAGCGCACGCCAGCUAGCGGCGCAGUCUACUCCCACUAGUCAACAGCAUCAGCAUCAGCAAGGAGCCACGGCAGCAGCCGCAGGAUCAGCAUCAGCAGCAGCAACAACUUUUGGCCAAAGCGGGCAACGGCAUCCGGCGGAGGAGGAUUGUUACAUACUCAGUUCAUGGCACAAGGAACCAUAAGGGGAAUGUACAGAAAAUAGCAGAGCAUCAACGGGUACAACAGCAACAGCAUACUCAUAGCAUUUAUCAAAACAAGCAACAAUUGCAAAUUGUUGCCCUGUCUGCCUUGUUGCUGUUGCUUUUGUUGUGGCUGCUCGCCUUGUUAUGCUUUGUUUAAUAUGUCUAUAUAUAAAAUGUAAAACAAAAGAUCGAAACCGAGUCGCUGAGAAAGGGAAAUCGGAAUGGGGAAUAAGAAUAAGAAUGUGAGAAUGAGAAUGAGAUACAUAAAUCAUAAACUUACAUAUAUUUUUUUGAUGAUAAUUACAUGAUAAAACAACUGAUUUAGGCAGUGCAGAAGAUAUAUACAUGUCAACUGUAUAUGAAAGCAGAUAUAUAGCGAACAGUAACCAAGAUCUUCUUGGCCACUUGUCUAUUGAAAACUGUAGGUGUGUACAUUUUGAUAAAAACCAACAUAGAAGGCCUCUAUUAACUAAUUGUAAGCAAGUGCUUGAGCAUUUGCCCGAUGUAUAUGUAAUGUAAAAAUAAACGAGAAACGUAGUAUUUGGCCGCAAUAGAAAGCAUGCAACAAACCAUUUUUGAUACUGUACAAAAUGCCAAGCACAAAACUAUGAGAAUGCGAAUCAUAAUUGUGACAAAACGCAGAGAACACACGGAUCGUUAAGCAAAUUACUUGCUCAAAUGUAGUUAACAAGAAUGAAGGGAACACAUCGUGAGGAGGGAGGGCAGUGAAUGCGAGGUAGGGAGUUGGAGAGUUAACCCAAGUACCUUAUAAAUGUAUAUGAUUUAAUUUGCGUUUAGAGUCAAUAACUUAUCUCUGAUGCACAUGAAUUUCUUGUAUAAUUUUUUAAAUAAAUUCGGAUCGUUUCCAGUGCGCCAGCAUACAGCAUUUA